UCUCGGAGAAGUAGGUGGCGUUGGUCAGCCAUAUUGUCUCUGAAACAGCAGAAAUCACAUACUAGCACAGACACACUGCCGACGGAGUGAGGCGAGAAUUGUCGGCCUUACAAAAAUCAGCUAGUUGGGGAGCAUUUCGGUCGUCGAAUUGAUCAAGGGGCUAUUCCACCGUGCCCCUGGUGGCCCCUCCCCCAUCCUCAAUCGAACCCCCCAUCCCACCCUCCAACCCCCACACAAACCCCUUGCCCCGUUUGGAUCAAUCCCCCUCAUUCCCUACCUUCCCUCCUCUUCGUCCCUCCCACCCAUCUUCCCUGUACUCCGACUGUCCUCUGCUGCAGUAGGAUCUCCCCACCAUCUCUGCCAAGCUGUCAGACAUGUCAGGGCCCAUGCCGAGCCGGGCCCGAGUGUACACAGAGGUCAACACUCACCGGCCCAGGGAGUACUGGGACUAUGAGUCCCAUGUGGUUGAAUGGGGAAACCAGGAUGAUUUUCAGUUGGUGCGGAAGCUAGGGCGUGGCAAAUACAGUGAAGUCUUUGAGGCAAUCAACAUUACAAAUAAUGAGAAGGUGGUGGUGAAGAUACUCAAGCCCGUGAAGAAAAAGAAAAUCAAGCGUGAGAUUAAGAUUUUGGAGAAUCUACGCGGAGGUCCUAACAUAAUCUCCCUCAUCGAUAUUGUGAAAGACCCUGUAUCCCGGACACCCGCUUUGGUCUUUGAACAUGUCAACAACACAGACUUCAAGCAACUGUACCAGACCCUGACAGACUACGACAUCCGGUUCUACAUGUAUGAGAUCCUCAAAGCCCUGGACUACUGCCACAGCAUGGGAAUCAUGCAUAGAGAUGUGAAGCCACAUAACGUGAUGAUUGAUCAUGAACACCGCAAAUUGCGCCUUAUUGACUGGGGUUUGGCUGAGUUUUACCAUCCAGGACAGGAGUACAAUGUCAGAGUCGCCUCCCGCUACUUUAAAGGACCUGAACUCCUGGUGGACUAUCAGAUGUAUGACUACAGUUUGGAUAUGUGGAGCCUUGGCUGUAUGCUGGCAAGCAUGAUCUUCAGGAAGGAGCCCUUCUUCCAUGGCCAUGACAACUAUGACCAGUUGGUGAGAAUUGCCAAGGUUCUGGGAACUGAAGACCUCUACGACUACAUUGACAAGUACAACAUUGAGCUGGAACCUCGCUUUAAUGACAUUCUGGGAAGACAUUCUCGUAAGCGGUGGGAGAGGUUUGUCCACAGUGAGAACCAGCACCUGGUCAGCCCUGAGGCUCUGGAUUUCCUGGACAAGCUGCUGCGCUAUGACCACCAAGCCCGGCUGACUGCCCAUGAGGCCAUGGAUCACCCUUACUUCUUCCCCAUUGUGAAAGAUCAGUCUCGUGUGGCCGGAUCAGCCAACCUGCCCAGUGGGAACACAGCUGUUAGCACAGCCAGCAUGAUCACUGGUAUCUCUGCUUUGCCAGCCUCCACUGCCCUGGGCCCUCUCACUGGCUCGCCGGUCCUAUCUGCUGCCACAAAUGCCCUGAGCACCCCCGUGCCCGCUGCUGCUGGCGCCCCGCAGUAACACCCCAUCUAGAUCCAUAUUCAUCCCUCCUCAUCGGUCACAGCUCCACCACCACCCAGCUCGCAGGAAGAAACUGGACAGGUGCCACGUUGCCAGCCCUCACCACAUCCAACCUAACUCAAGUGUAACUGUGCCUCACAAACCUUCUCUCUGGAGGAUGCUGUCGUCUAAGAAAAAAAAGAUGUUUUUUUUUUUUUUGCAUUCCUCCUCUUCCUCGAAUGAACGUGUUAACCCAACAUCUGAAAUGACUGUUCUGUGUAAUUGAAAUAUACAAGUAUUAACUUCAUUUUUCCCACAAACUGUAGUGAAUACAAAUGGGUGUGUGUGUCUUUGUGAGGUGAGUCUGAGAGUGAGUGUCAUCCAUGGCUGAUUCUGGGUCUCAUCACCCCCCUGCGUUUUUUAGUUUUCAUUGUGAAGACACUGGUCAAAAAAUACAUCAACCGAAGGAAAAAGAAAGACAUGUUUGCUAUCAGGACCAAAAGGAACACAUCCUGCAGUAAUGUCAAAAAACAAGACCUGAUGAAAAAACUUAAUUUACCUCCCGAGAUGUCUUAACACCCUCCUGAUCACAGCAUCUUGAAAGUGUUUGGUGCUGUUCUGUUGAACACAUGACACUUCAACACUUUCUUUGCCUGAGUAGUUUUGUCUUAACUUUCUAAUAAUACCAGAUCACCAGUCUUCUUUUGAUAAUGCAACUCCCAGUCACCGUCAUCUGUUGUUAAACUGUUUUGUAUUGAAUUGUUCUAGACUGCUGGAUAAGGUUCAUCACCAUCAAGUGGUUUGAUCAACUCUAGUGUUGUACUCUGAUCUCUUAAGAAGCCAGGUAAGGUUCAUUCAGGUUCUCAAAGAAAUAGUUUCUCAAACAUGCUGCUUUCCAGAUCCUUGAAUUGCUUCAAGUGGCUUUUCUUGAAUUAUUUCAAGAUAUAACCAAAGUUUACUCAGUUGGUUAGAAGAAAGUACUGACCAAACCUAGUUUUAUUUUGUGGGAGUUUCUCAUGGAGAUGCCUUGAUGCAGGUUGACAGUGUGGGUUCUACUGAAUAAGAUGAUAACAUGAUACAAUAAUCAUCUGCAGGUGACUUAAGCGCUGUUAGAGUUGUGACAUGGUUAAGCUUUGUGAUGAGUAAUACAGUUUAUUGGGUUUCACCACCAUGUUGAGGGAAAUAUUGAAGUUGAAAUGUUGAAUAGCACUUCAGGGGUAGCAUUUUGCCCAGUGUUUUAGUUUCAGAGUUUGAACAUGUAAGUUUUUGACCCUGCAGUACAUACACGUUUUUUUUUUUUUUUUCCACUUCAAAAAUCUUAAAAUGCAAAUAAAUCAAAACAUGUAUAUGCUGACCUGUGAAUGGAGCAGUUUGAGUCCCUACAUCACUGUAUAUAUUUUUAUGUUCUUAAGACUAGUAUUUGAAAAUAUGUGUAAAUAAAUGUGUUUUAUUUAUGACUGAUUUAUAUCUGUCAUGUUCA